GCUCAAGGCAUUGUCCAAUCAGAAGUUCCGAGAAUUUCGGGAGACUUUUGGAGACAACAAUGUUGGCCUUCUUACAGGAGAUUCCGCUGUCAACAGGGAUGCUCAAGUCUUGAUUAUGACCACAGAGAUUUUGCGCAACAUGUUAUAUCAGAGUGUUGGUAAUAUUUCUUCAGGAGGCGGACUUCUCCAUGUUGAUGUGAUUGUUUUGGAUGAAGUUCAUUACCUUAGUGACAUAUCUCGUGGUACUGUUUGGGAAGAGAUUGUUAUUUAUUGCCCUAAAGAAGUUCAACUAAUUUGUUUGUCAGCAACUGUUGCAAAUCCUGAUGAGUUGGCUGGCUGGAUUGGCCAGAUUCAUGGUUCAACAGAAUUGGUAACAUCAUCAAAACGCCCAGUUCCACUAACUUGGCAUUUCUCUUUGAAAAAUUCCUUAUUGCCACUUCUUGAUGAGAAAGGAACACGCAUGAACAGGAAGCUGUCUCUCAAUUAUUUACAACUUCAAGGUGCAGGGGUCAAAUCUUACAAUGAUGAUUGGCCUAGAAGAAAGAAUUCCCGGAGACGAGGAACGAGGUACGAUAGUGAUGGUAGCACACUGGAAAAUCGUUCUCUUUCAAAGAAUAAUAUAAAUGCAAUUCGUCGUUCACAGGUUCCUCAAAUAAUUGAUACUCUAUGGCAACUUCAGUCUAGGGAUAUGCUGCCAGCUAUAUGGUUUAUAUUUAGCAGAAAGGGCUGUGAUGCAGCUGUGCAAUAUGUUGAAAAUUGCAAUCUUUUAGAUGAGUGUGAAACAAGUGAGGUUGAACUUGCCUUGAAGAGGUUCCGCAUUCAAUAUCCUGAUGCUGUCAGAGAAACUGCUGUGAAAGGACUUCUGCAAGGAGUUGCUGCACAUCAUGCGGGUUGUCUUCCCUUGUGGAAAGCUUUCAUUGAAGAAUUGUUUCAAAGAGGGCUUGUCAAGGUUGUUUUUGCAACAGAAACACUGGCUGCAGGAAUCAACAUGCCAGCUAGAACUGCUGUUAUUUCAUCCCUCAGCAAAAGAGGUGAUAGUGGACGUGUCCAGUUAAGCACAAAUGAACUGCUUCAGAUGGCUGGGCGUGCUGGGCGAAGGGGCAUUGAUGAAAGUGGUCAUGUGGUGCUCAUACAGACACCUAAUGAGGGUGCUGAAGAGUGCUGCAAGGUGCUGUUUGCUGGACUUGAGCCCCUAGUCUCACAAUUUACUGCUUCGUUUGGAAUGGUUUUAAAUCUUCUUGCAGGUGUGAAAGCCAUUCAUAGGUCAAAUGAGUCAGAUGAUGGGAGACCUUCAUCAGGGAGAACUUUGGAAGAAGCUAGGAAGUUAGUUGAGCAGAGUUUUGGAAAUUACGUUAGUAGCAAUGUUAUGCUGGCUGCUAAAGAGGAAAUUAAUAAAAUUGAGAAAGAAAUUGAGAUUCUGAUGUCAGAAAUAACUGAUGAAGCCAUAGAUAAAAGAAGCAGGAAAGCUUUAUCACAGCGACAAUAUAAGGAGAUUGCAGAAUUGCAGGAGCAGUUAAGGGCAGAAAAACGUGUUCGGGCUGAACUGCGUAAACAGAUGGAAGCAACAAGAAUAUCUGCUCUAAAACCUUUGUUGGAAGACCCUGAAAAUGGACAUCUACCAUUUUUGUGCUUGCAGUACACAGAUUCUGAAGGAACUCAACAUUCACUGCCUGCUGUGUUUCUGGGGAAGGUUGACUCACUUAAUGCUUCAAAACUUAAGAAAUUGGUAUCUUCUGCUGAUUCUUUUGCAAUAAAUUUAGGUGAUGCGGAACCAAGCAUUACUGAUUCAGUAUUGGAUGAUGGCCUUGAACCAUCAUACCAUGUGGCUCUUGGUUCUGAUAACUCUUGGUAUCUAUUUACAGAAAAGUGGAUUAAAACAGUAUAUGGGACUGGCUUUCCUAACGUUCCAUUGGCUCAAGGGGAUGCUCUACCACGAGAAAUUAUGAGCACUCUCCUUGAUAAGGAGGACAUGAAGUGGGAUAAUCUUGCGCAAUCUGCCUAUGGUGGUUUAUGGUUCAUGGAAGGCUCUUUAGAUACAUGGUCUUGGAGUCUGAAUGUUCCUGUUUUGAGUAGCUUCUCUGAAAGUGAUGAGCUACUGCUAAAGUCUCAAGCCUACAGAGAUGCUGUAGAGCGUUACAAGGAUCAAAGAAAUAAAGUUUCACGCUUGAAGAAAAAGAUUUCUCGUACAGAAGGCUACAAAGAAUACAGUAAAGUCAUAGACGCAGUCAAGUUUACUGAGGAGAAAAUCAGGCGCUUGCAGAAUAGAUCAAAACGUUUAACUAAUCGAAUAGAACAAAUUGAACCCUCCGGAUGGAAGGAGUUUAUGCAGGUUAGCAAUGUCAUACAUGAAACCAGAGCAUUGGACAAAAACACGCAGGUCAUAUUUCCACUUGGGGAAACUGCAGCAGCAAUCCGAGGAGAAAACGAGCUUUGGCUUGCAAUGGUUCUUCGCAGCAAAAUUCUUCUAGAGCUAAAACCUCCACAACUUGCUGCAGUUUGUGCAAGCUUGGUCUCUGAGGGUAUCAAACUCCGACCAUGGAAGAAUAACAGUUACAUUUACGAGCCAACCACAACAGUUAUGAAUGUCAUAAAGUUAUUGGAUGAACAAAGAAGCGCCCUGUUGACCAUUCAGGAGAAACAUGGGGUGAUGAUACCUUGCUGUUUGGAUAGCCAGUUUUGCGGUAUGGUUGAAGCAUGGGCUUCUGGGUUGACUUGGAGAGAGAUAAUGAUGGAUUGUGCGAUGGACGAAGGCGAUCUUGCUCGCCUCCUUCGUAGGACUAUUGAUCUGCUAGCUCAGAUUCCAAAAUUGGCAGACAUUGAUCCUUUGUUGCAGCGCAAUGCAAAGGCUGCAUAUGAUGCCAUGGACCGGCCGCCAAUUAGUGAGCUUGCCGGGUAGUCUCUCUCUCUCUUGCUUCUUUUCUGGUGUAUCAUUCAUUUGUAAAUAUUGUAUGAUUAUUGAUUAAUUCCAAAGAUUAUUCUUAUGAUACCAAUAUAGAUUCAUAAGUGUACAAGUUAGUUUUGAUCAAUGGGAAGUCAACUAGGAUUCGAGACGAA